AGCCGCCCACCCCGAUCGCCCCGCCAGAGCUGCUGGCCGUGGGAGCCACCUACCUGUGGAUCAAACCCAACGCCAACUCCAUCAUCGGCGACGGGCCCAUCAUCCUCAAGGAGGUGGAGUACAGGACCACCACGGGCAACUGGGCUGAGACACACAUCGUGGACUCUCCCAACUACAAACUGUGGCACCUGGACCCYGAYGUGGAGUAYGAGAUCCGYGUGCUGCUGACGCGCCCYGGGGARGGGGGCACAGGACCCCCGGGGCCGCCCCUCACCACCAGAACCAAGUGUGCAGACCCCGUGCACGGGCCCCAGAACGUGGAGGUGGUGGACAUCCGCUCGCGGCAGCUGACGCUGCAGUGGGAGCCCUUCGGCUACGCCGUGACGCGCUGCCACAGCUACAACCUCACCGUGCACUACCAGUACGUCUUCAACCAGCAGAAAUUCGAGGCCGAGGAGCUCAUCCAGACUUCUUCCCACUACACCCUGCGGGGSCUGCGGCCCUUCAUGACCAUCAGGCUGAGGCUGGCCCUGUCCAACCCCGAGGGCAGAAUGGAGAGCGAGGAGCUGGUGGUGCAGACCGAGGAGGACGUUCCUGGGCCCGUUCCCUUGGAAUCCAUCCAAGGAGGACCUUUUGAGGAGAAGAUCUAUGUUCAGUGGAAACCUCCAAAUGAGACAAAUGGCAUCAUUACACUCUAUGAGCUGGAGACAAAGAGAAGUCAAGCCCCGUCCAUGCCCGAGUACGACACGGACUCUCCCCUCAACGAGACCGACACCACCAUCACGGUGAUGCUGAAGCCUGCKCAGUCCCGGGGUGCCCCUGUCAGCGUUUACCAGCUCGUGGUCAAGGAGGAGAAGCUGCAGAAGGCGCGGCGAGCCGCGGACAUCAUCGAGUGCUUCUCGGUGCCCGUGAGCUACAAGAACGCCUCCAGCCUGGACUCCCCGCACUACUUCGCGGCCGAGCUGAAACCCAUCAACCUUCCCGUCACUCAGCCCUUCACUGUGGGCGACAACAAAACCUACAAUGGCUACUGGAACGCUCCCCUCUCCCCCCUGAAAAGCUACAGCAUCUACUUCCAGGCUCUCAGCAAGGCCAACGGAGAAACAAAAAUCAACUGCGUCCGUCUGGCAACAAAAGGAGCUUCCACCCAGAAUUCCAACGCAGUGGAACCAGAAAAGCAAGUGGACAGCACGGUGAAAAUGGCUGGAGUUAUAGCUGGUCUCCUGAUGUUUGUUAUUAUCCUCUUGGGAGCCAUGCUUACCAUCAAGAGAAGAAGAAAUGCGUAUUCCUACUCCUAUUACUUGAAGCUAGCCAAGAAGCAGAAGGAGACUCAGACCAGCACGCAGAGGGAGAUGGGUCCCGUGGCUACUUCUGACAAGACCUCCACCAAACUCAGUGCUGUGCACAAUGAAGAAGCUUUUUCUUCCAGCUGCCAAGAUGUUAAUGGAUUCAGUAAGUUUAACUUGCUUGCAAUGGAUAUGACCCCCUUGGAGAGCUCUGGGUUCUUAAAAGGACCUAUCCCUAUGGGCACAAUGCUGAGGAGUUAGGAAUGGCAGUGAUGGAGAUCACUGCAAAAACCUCCAUGGGAAUCUAUGGAAUGCCUCUGCCCCUGGUUUAACUGCCAGGCAGGUGGAGAGCAUUCCUUUGGGUCCAAAUCURCUGAGAAUAAUUGAUAAAGUCUGUUCUAAUAACUGCAUCAGAAAAAGAGGCACAUGUUUAUUUGUUGUUUAGAAAUAACUUUUCCUUUGUGAGUAGAAGAGUCAAAUGGCUUUAGCUGACUUGUAGGAUGAAGUAACAUUUUCUGUAUGGAAUUGUUAUGAAGGAAGGCCUGGUUAGAGAACUGGAAUGGAGAGAUAACAUUUCUUCCUUUGUCUGUGUCCUUGGUUUGUUCUUCACACGGGUUCAGUAAAACUGAUCUUAGUUAAUGCUUGUGAACCUCUCUGACCUCUGUAGCCAAAAGAGUUUUGUGGGUGAAGCAGCACAAAGUCCUACUUUAGCCUCACUAGGUCCAGGUUGAGUGCAUGGUGGAUUGCAUGGUGGAUUUGUAAACRUUUUUCGUAUUAAAUAAAUUUAAA